CUUGUCACUUUGUCAGUUGCAUAAAAGCUUUCAAGUCUUUUUUUCGUUGUCGGUCGUAAUAAUUCCUUUUUUCCUGUUUCAAAAAUACGUAUUCGUGUUUCUGCGGUGUUUUCAGAGAGGCACAUUGUCUAAUUAAAGCAGCUACGAAAGUUUACUUCAGAAUGAACAGUAUAAUUACUCGAAUAUUUUGUAUCGUUUUAAUCAGGUGUGAAAACUAGGUCAUAUGGCAAAUUAAAAGCAAAAACGAGAAUUUCAUUCCACGUUAAAAGUCGAUAAUACCCAUUUAUUGUUCUGUUGGUUUUACUACGAAAGGUUGGAUUUGAAAUUGAUUAGAUCAUACCUUUAUGGAUGUUUCUUUAAAACAGUAACAACAGAAUUAUGUAAGUGCUAAUGUGCAGUACUGGGGUAAAACUUCGGCUAUACUCUUAAUUAACUUGGUCGUGAAACAUUUUGUAUUGAGUCAAUCUGAAACACAAAACAUUUGUUCUGAAAGCGGAACUACCGUAGAAACAACGUUUCGGUCUCGACGAAAGCUUCUAUUAAUUUCAAUCGAUCGUGGAGCAGUGGCGUUUCCAACACAGUAGUCGCCUGCAAACUCGACGAUGUUGCUUAAUCCGGUAGAAGGGUUAGCAAAUCUCUCCGGUGCUUCCCAGCCUGCUAUUCGACUUAUUCUUUCCGUUCUAAUAGCAUACCCAUUGGGAGCACUUUACCGAAAUCUUACAGCAACUAUCACAGUAAAAAACAUCUAUAUCGCGAGUACGGGAAUCGCAUUGGUCAUAUUCAACUAUGGCUUUGAUCUAUAUCACAGCGCAUUGGCGGUUGUUGUGACUUAUCUGCUCAAUGCAUUCUUUGCCACCAGCAGCAUGCUCGUUCCGUUGAGCUUCUGCUAUCACAUGGGUUAUCUCCUCAUUGGUUACUACUUCACCACAUCAGAAACAUAUGACAUCAAGUGGACUAUGCCCCACUGUGUGCUGGUGCUGCGGCUAAUUGGGUUAGCGUUUGACAUUUCCGAUAGCCAUCAGAAAAAACUGGCAGGUAAACAGGAUGACAAAUGCGUUGGUACACCGUCGCUGUUGGAAUUGGUUGCUUUUACUUACUUCCCGGCAUCGGUUCUCGUUGGACCCCAGUUUUCGAUGAUACGCUAUCGCAGGUUCGUCAGUGGCCAGUACGAGCAACAUACGACCAGAGCUCCUGCGUAUUCAGCUAAAAAAUUUCUGCAGGGUGCGUUUUAUCUGAUUGUCAAUCAGGUUGGAUCACAAUUUGUGUCCGAUUCCUAUCUACUAUCCAGCGAUUUCGAGCAGGAAUCGUUGUUCAUGAAACAUGUCUAUAUGGGACUAUGGGGACGUUUUUCUUUGUACAAGUACAUCUCGAUAUGGUUGCUUGCCGAGGGAGCUGCAGUUCUGUUCGGUUUGACUUAUAUCGAUGCUAAACCAGGUGAUCGAGAGUACGACUCAGAUGAGCUGUCCGGAUGUACGAACAUUAAGGUCGGAGUGUUUGAAAAUACCAGCAAAUUUGGACACUACGUGGAAUCUUUCAACGUCCAGACAAACCAUUGGGUCGCGGUGUACGUCUAUAAACGACUAAAGUUUUUAAACAAUCGCGUGUUGAGCCACUUUGGCGCGUUGCUGUUUUUAGCUGUCUGGCACGGCUUCCACAGCGGUUACUAUAUGACCUUCCUUAUGGAGUUUAUGGUGAUCCGAAUGGAGAAGGAGAUCGAACCGGUCUUGCAAAAGAAUGAACAAUUCCAGGCAUUACUUCAGCAACCAAUGGUCAAACUGGCCGUCUUCCUGCUGCUCAAAUUCUACACGAUCGUGUUUGCCGGCUGGUGUUUGGUUCCGUUUGUAGUUCUUAGCUAUUCCAAGUGGUGGCAUAUCUACUGUGCCGUUCGCUUUUCAGGAUUAAUUCUUUUUCUUUUGGGUAACUUUGCCAUCAAGCCGCUUCUGUUGAGCAUUCUACCGCCAAAUAAGCCGGUAGCGAAAAAGGCAGAAUAAAAUCAGACCGCGGUUUGAUAUUUACCCUAAGACUUGCUUAAAUCUGCCUAUGCUUAUCUGAGAAUAGGCCAAACUGAAAUUCGAAAAAGACGUUUCAAUCCAUCCAAGAACUCCAAAGUACCGAAAGUAGAUACCCACUUUUGCUCAUAUGAUUUUUCGCUGAUUUUACAUAGAUUUAAUGUAGCCAAACAAAAUUUAAUGAUUAGUUCGAAUUAGUUUAGAAACAAUACGCUUUGCUUCCUCUCCUGAUAAAAAAAAUCUCCCAAGUUUUUUUGUCCACCUAAACAGAAACCAAUGCUUAAACGAAUCUCUACAAAAGGAUUACAUCUAGUAUCUAUUAUUUGAAAUUCUAAAUACAUUACAGUUUUUCAUGCUACUGGAGUACUUGAUAAUCCGAGACUGGCAUGCUGUGAAAUAAAAUUAAACAAAUAGUAAAGGUAGGAUUUGCAUCAACAACCAUAACUUGAAUGCAGGUUCUCUAACGUGAGGAUAUAUUGAUAGUGCUACUAAUAAUAUUUGCCCUGGUUCAUGCGCUUAUUGCAUGUUCCGUCUUCCAUCUACACUCCGCCGUAGACGUUUUGCAAGCGCACACUCUGCCAGCGUGCCCAUGAAAGACAACCCUAGACGGGCGAGCGAUUUGUUGAUAGAUAGCUGCGUACGGGGGCCUACUAGCAUUUGUUCGAGCGAAAUGGCCAAGGUAAACAGGACUUCCUGGCAGAAUGCGCGUCUGAAUUCUCUACCACCUCGAUACCGUUACUGUCAAUCGAUAUUUGUGGUGGGAUGCGUAAUGUUUCCUUUAAGUCUUUUCCUCUAAUGUAUUUUUUUCUCAAACUUAUGUGCAACAAUAUCACUCCUAUCAACCUUCGUUCUUCCAGUCAUACUUUCGAAUUUUGAUAAUUAAACGGAUUAGGUUACAACGUUAUUAUAACCCUACCGAAUGUGUCUAGUAUAAGUUUGUCCGGAAACACGUGCCCGUGUAUAAUUUGUUUCAGCUAAUCUAACAACGGAUUGUGAUUCACAUUCUUGACAACAAAAUAAAACGGGAGUCUAAAUUCGAUCGAGCCACAUUGGAAUUUUUGACCCUAGGACGUUACACUUACUUUUUUACCCUAGAACGUUGCACUGGGGUGCAAACGUACCUCGACGCGUUCGAUCGCAAUUUUCGCAGGCAAAAUUGCAAACAAAACAAAUGCAUAAUAUAUCGUUUUCUUCGUUUUUUAAUUUCAAAAACAGCUGUUGUUGGACGUAAAUUAUUGAAUCAAUGAUACAUAAACUGGCUCGUCCCAGGUCGGUAAAUGUCUAAUUCUCGUUUUCACACGGCUUCAAAGAUGGAGUGGGGUACAUUUGUACCCCAGUGCAAGGUUCUAGAGUUAAUACUUUCAAACAUGAAUAUUUUGUACUAUUUUCUUUUACAUCUACAUGCCCACCGAAGAAUCGUUGGUAACAAAGUGGCACACUUAGUCUGAUGCGGCUCAUCCAGCAUAUCUACUAAUGUAAUGAAACUAGAACCUAGAACGUUCAGCAGCCAAUUACUAAGUGAUCGGCGUGACACAGUAGGCUCUCGAAAUUCAUCUUUCAGACGCAACUAGGCCACGAACUCUAUUGGAUCCAAAAUGACAAUACUUUGUAACUACGCCAUUGCGUAGUCUUAUUUCUUCAAAGACAGUAAUACUCCAGAAGGCAUCCUAAUAAACACACUUAGCGAUGCAUGGCACACAUGUCUCAAACGUAUCAUCAGCUAUAUUGAUAAUGGAGAACCCGGAUAGGCACAACACAAGCGGACAAACAAACAGCUCUCUUCCAACUACAAUGACGACCAGCAAUUUGUAACCUGUGUAACCAACAGAGACGGCAACAAAAAAUAACCUGAAUGGUGGUCGCAGUAGUAAAGUCUAUCUCUGUGUCGUUAUUUUCCGUAUCCCUAAACUUAACACUUCCCCAAUCCUUCCUAUCAGGAGACAAAUCACGGCAAGGCAAAAAUCUCCGAUCAACAUGGGGAACGUGCCUUUUGAACCAGUCGCUACUGAUUCCUGAAACUGUAUCUUAACAUGUAAAAACUACAUUCUUAGCAAUUAAGUGCGAUACAUUGAUUGUAGACCAAGUAAUCAAUGGAAUAAGGCGGUAUCCUCACUAAUUAAAUAAGGGGUCGUCCUCACUUAUAAACCGUUAUUACAUCCGCUUCAAAGUAAAUCUUAUUUUCUUUUGAAUUUUUUAAUUUUGAUGUACCUCCAAACCAAAAGCAUUCGCUGUGGAGCAAUAGCACGUAUUUAUUUUUCUAAUAGCAAAUUACACCGGAUUUCGAAUAAUUUUGAUAGGAUAGCAUGAGGUAGCACAUCAGGUAUGUUAUGAACGUAGAAGAGAACAAUGGAGUCCAUCGAUUCUGGAUAGCGUAAAGAUAAAUAGAUUUAGAAGACAUUCUCAGUACAUUUCAAAUGAUAUAUAUUUCUAAUAAUAAAAAGAACUAGUCAGUUUACGAGUUAAAUA